UUUCUUUCCCCUCCCGCCCUCAUCGUGCUACCCCAAGUCUUCGCCUCGCUCCGCCGUCUUGCCAACCCCUCGGCUUGAUUCGGUGCACAUCUUAUAUAGCAUCACACCGCCAGCUUCGGUCAGGGCAUCUCGCUCAGCCUUAACUGCUUGCUUCUGCUAGUGCCUUUCCUAUCCUCAGCCCACUCCUCUCACUUCAGCUGACCGACCUGCUGGUCCGUGGCAGGGGUUUCAUCUCCAUCUCCGCCCCCGAGAUAUCUUGCGCGCUGCCUCGGGCCUAUUCACUCGGUUCUUCUUUCACCAUCGCUAUUCUCUCGUAUAACCGGAUUGACCUGACGAGGGACUGAAUUGCCGUGGGCACCUGCGGCCUAUAAAGCCUCCUACAUGUCCUCGCUGCAAGCUCCUUCUCUAGACAACUGUGCACUGCGACGACGGUCCUAUCCCUUGGAUAUUCAUCUAGGCAACAUCGAAACACUCGAUCCCUGUAACCCCAUUCUUGUAACUCGAACGACCUGCACUCUGUACACUGCGUCAAUAUGAAUAUGAGCGACUCGCGCUGGGCUCGUGUCUCUGACAAGUUAGCCACUUUCCACGGAUUUCUUGCCGCACAGCUUGAUGCGACCUAUGAUCUCGCGGACGGCACGUUCCAACGUCGAGGCAUGUCCCUUCAGACCUUCAUCAGCGAAGUCGCGGACUUCAAGCGACAAUUAGAGACCCAUAUCAACACUGAAGCGCGGCAUAUCUACCCAAUGCUGGCGCAGCGGAUGCCGGCAUUUACGCCCGGCCAGCGGCUUUCAGGUGCACACGGCGUAGUGCGCAGAGGCGUUGACGGCAUUGAAAGUAUUAUUGCAAAGACGACGGCGAACCCAGCAUCAUACAAUGGCGGAGAGCUGAGGCAGUGUAUCGAUUCAUUCAGAAGUACACUCUAUGCGCUGUUUGCCGAUGAACUACGGGAACUUCAUCCUGCAAACAUGCAACGCUACUGGUCCUUAAACGAGGUCAUUGCAUUGCCCGUUUGAUGAGAUCAGGAGCGCUGCUCACAUUGUAGAAUCUCUCCCCAAGCCUUUCGCACUGCUCACGCUUCCUUUCGGCACUUGUAUUUAUUCCCCAGCAUUGCCACAUAUCCACUGAUAGUAAUUCGGAGACGACUCAGGGGGCGCUUCGCGAGCUGACACGUAAUGUGUUGUAGAAUAGGUAAAGGAACGGAGCGUGAUCAGAAGUCGGUAGCGCGGCCGCCAUAACUCCAGUCGUUGUGCCUAGUCGGUUCUGUCUUGGGACCCCCGAUUUCACCUGUCUUCGGAUUUACGUCACCCUCGAAGUCGUUUUGGGGUUUCGGUCGGUAAUCUGGGUGCAAGCUGCCGUCCUCAGGCUGUCCCAUCGUAGAUCCCGAUUGACCGGUAGCGGCACGGCGGACGAGCUCCUCAAAUUCACGUUGCUCAGCGGCGGGUAACGGAGGAGGGGAAGGGCGGAAAAGAGGGUCCCCGGCACGGUCGUCAAGGUCCCGAUUGAGAAAUUGGGAAGUAUGAAUUGGGCGGGAGGACGAAAGCGAUGUUCCUAAACGUGGGGCGGUACGUGCAAGGAGGUGACGAGUGAAUUGGGCGGGGACAAGGCGAUGAGCCAUUGAGAAGUACUGAGAGAUAAAGGGUCGUGCUGAUACGCCGG